AUGGAAGAGAGACUUAGGCGAACCCGUCAGGGCCCUAAAACAGAGUGGGGAGAUAUGAAGGCACGAUUAGAAGCAAAAUACUUACCCAUAAACUAUGAACAACUCAUUUAUGAAGACAUGCUCCAAUGGAACCAAAAUAACAGAACUACGGUGGACCAGUAUACAGAGCGAUUUCAUAAACUAACAGUAAGGAGCAAGACCAACGAAACUGAGUCUCAAUUAUUAGCUCGGUAUUUGAAGGGAUUGAAACCUGAUAUUCGCAAAAACAUGUUGACGACCCGACUGUAUAAUGUUGAGGAAGCUUACCAGCUAGCUUUACAAUUUGAGAGACAGACCUCGAGUAACACACGUCGUUUUUAUUCUGCUGACUCUGGUAAUUUUCGUUUCCCAGUCUCUACCAGUGGAAAGCCAAUAGUCGAAUCAACAAGAGGAAAUGUGAAUGGUGAUGCUAAAGGAAAAGAAAAGGCUUUCGGAGAGGGACCCCAAUGUUACAAAUGCAAAGGGCGUGGACACUUCGCGAUGAAGGAUUUGGUGUUUGAUGAUGAUGAAAUUAACUACGAAGAAGACCAUAUCCAAGAAGAAACUGAUUCUAAGAAAGAACAAUUACAAGCCACUGAUCUACCUAUUUGUGUGAUUCAACAUGUUUUGACAAGGCAUAAAACCAAAGAGGAUGUAGACCAUGACUGGAGGCAAGCUAAUAUCUUCCACACAAGGGUUGCAUACGGAGACAAAGCUUUGAAUGUUAUCAUCGACAACGGUAGUAGUAUGAAUGUUGUGGCCAAGGAAAUAGUUGAACGUCUUGGGAGGCCAUUGAUGUAUGAUAGGCGUGUCAAUUAUGAUGGUCUGGAGAAUACUUAUUCGUUAAAAAUGCACGAUCGGAAGGUGAUAUUGGAACCACUCCACAUCUCUGCUUUUGAAAGUCCUAAGAAAUCCAACCUGAUGCUGAUUAUGCAACAAGUCAAAGAAGCCAUGCAGGAUGGGAACAUUCUUUUUUUCUUAGUAGGACGUGAAUCCAAACAACUAGGUGGUUCGUCUCUACCCAAUUUACCUCAUUAUAGAAUGAGCCCAACUGAGCAUGCUGAACUCCAAAGACAGCACCAAAUCCGAGUAAGGCUUGGGGAUGAAUGGAAAACUGCCCUCAAGACAAAAGAAGGGCUAUAUGAAUGCUUCUUAGGUUUGGCAACAUUUUAUCGCAGGUUUGUCCAAGGGUUUUGCACCAUUACAACCCCUAUCACUGAAUGCCUAAAGUCCAAGAUUUUCAAGUGGACACCCACAGCUACCAAGGCAUUUGAUGAGAUAAAACAAAAGAUGUUAAAUGCCAAGCAUGCAAGAUGGUUCAACUACCUUCAGCAAUUUAACUUCACUAUUCGACACACUACUGGCCGUGAGAAUAAGGUGGCAAACGCCUUCAGUCGACGACCACAUAUCCUGACCACAUUCACUGUUAAUGCUGCCAGUUUCGAAGCCAUGAAGGAUGGCUAUGCAUCAGACAAGCAUUUCAAGGAUAUCUAG